CACAGCGCAUAAUAACCUACCGUACAUGCUAUAUUUAGCCCCCCAAAAAGUCAUCAUUCAUCACUUUCAAAUGCAGAUAAAGACGAUGUAACUGUUUAAAAUAUUGUAUUCAUUAAAUUUUGCAGAGACUUUCAAUCCCCUAAUUUCCCUCAUAUUUUCCCAGAAAAUAUCAAAGUCCUUUUCUUUUUCCAAAAGUGAACCGAAAAACACCACACACUUCCCCAUUAAUGGUCAUAAUUCUAUAUUAAUGAUGUCUUGUCAGCACGAAUGCUUGCAGUCGAGAUUCCACCACAUGGUGUUGUCUUUUCAUAAUAAAUAAAUAAAGAUAAAUAACCGAACAGCUGUCCCGGAAGUGACGUACGAGUCAGCUGCCACAAAAUGCGCUAGCUUACUGUUUUUGUUUUGAUGGCAAGACGCGUUUCGCUGAUUCGUCCCGAAUUAGUGUCGAACGUAGUUAAGUCACGACACAGGACGCCCAUCACUACUUUACCAGACUAAAACAUCAUUUAUUGAAUCCCCGUGUCCGGAUAAACUCGUCUCGGUUCACGUUGAAGCAUCUCGGCCUAGCUUAGCAUUGGUUUGCCGCUAAUAAAGAGACGCGUUUGUUCACACACACACAAAAAAAUAUAUAUAUAUAAAAUAAAAAUGCGUGCAAGAAGUGUAGCAGACUACGAAGAGGACCUUUGUGAAGCGAAAAAGGAGAAGGAGCGACGAGCAGACGUCAAUAAACAUUGUCAUCCAAAUCAACAGCAGCCAGAGUCCCCUCACAUUAAAGAGCAAGAGGUUCAACACGUCAAAGAGGAGGAGGAGGAAGAGUUCCUACACAUUAAAGAGGAAGAGCAGGAGCAAUUCAUUGAGAUUCCUUUGACUGGUGUCCCUUUGAAUGGUGAAGAGGAAGAUGAAGGUCCAAGUGAGGCGAGCGGAGGGGCGCAGCCUCCAAGCAGCAGUCGCAGCUCAAGUCAACACAUGGCAACAGAAGGUGAGGGAGACCACUGUGGAGGAUCACAAGCAGACAGACUCUUAGCUCCACUAUCAGAUAGUGAUGACGUGACGUCACACUCUUCAGACUACGAUGAUGAUGAACAGUCUGAAGGUGAUAUGACAUGUCGCACUGACAUCAAACGAUGGAAAUGUACUCAGUGUGGGAAAACAUUUCCUUACAAGAGCAAUUUGAAACGACACAUGCGAACACACACUGGUGAGAAACCGUUUGCCUGCUCAGUUUGUGGUAAAAGAUUUUCUGCAAAGGGAAACUUAACAAUACACGCAAGAACACAUACUGGAGAGAAACUCUUUUCCUGCUCAUUUUGCAGUAAAAGAUUCACUCGGAAGGCAAAAUUAAAAAGACACACAAUAACCCACACAGGAGAGAAAACCUUUUCCUGCUCAGUUUGUGGCCAAGGAUUCACAGUGAGGAGAAAUUUAAAAACACACACAAGAACACACACUGGUGAGAAACCUUUUACCUGCGUAAUUUGUGGUCAAAGAUUCUCUCAGAAGGUACAUUUGACAACACACACAAGAACACACACCGGUGAGAAACCUUUUGCCUGCUUAAUUUGUGGCCAAAGUUUCUCUCAGAAGGGAACCUUAAACAUUCACACAAGAACACACACGAGCGAGAAACCUUUUGCCUGCACAGUUUGUGGCCAAAGAUUCUCUCAGAAGGGAACCUUAAAAAUUCACACAAGAGCGCACACCGGUGAGAAACCUUUUGCCUGCUUAGUUUGUGGCAAAACAUUCUCAGUAAAUGCACAUUUGACAUUACACGCAAGAACCCACACUGGUGAGAAACCCUUUUCAUGCUCAGUUUGUGGAAAAACAUUAUCUGAUAAGAGAAACUUAAUAAUUCACACAAGAACACACACUGGUGAGAAACCUUUUGCCUGCUUAGUUUGUGGCCAAAGAUUCUCUCGGAAGGGAACGUUAAAAAUUCACACAAGAACACACACUGGUGAGAAACCUUUUGCCUGCUCAGUUUGUGGAAAACGAUUCCCUCAUAAGUAUCAGGUUAAGAAGCACAAGUGUGUUGGUGAGAAAAGCAGUGAUUAAUCAAGGUUUCACUUCAGGUGUCAUCAGUUGAUGCACCAAGGAUGAUUAUAUUCUAUGUACCUUCUUAAAAUCCUCCUGUGGACAAGUGUUGCAAAUUAGCAUUCAUGCUAAAACACUUUAGGCAACACAUCAUCUUUGUUUAAUGUUUUUGUGAUGUUGCUAUCAAAUAAAUGAACAAUUGAUCAAAUAGA